GUUAAAGUGUGUUUGCGCGCAAGAUUGGUUUUCCGCUGACUCCAGAACCCACCUAAACACAAGUAUAAAAGAGAGUAGCGCACACUGUUCGUCCCAAACCUUCUCUCGUCUACCAUCUCUGCCGUUCCUUGUCCUCUGCUUCAAGAACAGCGUGACCAUGGCAGUGUGGCUCCAGGCUGGUGCUCUGUUGUUCCUGUUGGCCGUGUCCAGUGUGAACGCUAACGCAGGGGCCCCGCAGCACCUGUGUGGAUCUCAUCUGGUCGAUGCCCUUUACCUGGUUUGUGGUCCAACAGGCUUCUUCUACAAUCCCAAAAGAGAUGUUGACCCUCUUCUGGGUUUCCUUCCUCCAAAAUCUGCCCAGGAAACUGAGGUGGCCGACUUUGCAUUUAAAGAUCAUGCCGAGCUGAUAAGGAAGAGAGGCAUUGUGGAGCAGUGUUGCCACAAACCCUGCAGUAUCUUUGAGCUGCAGAAUUACUGUAACUAAAGAAUUUGCACGUCCUGUGACAGCCGCCAGUGACUUCACCACCUGUUUGCACACAGGUACCAGCCUUAAUGCCCUUGAUUUGUUUUUCAUAGAAAAUAAAAUUUUGUCAAAUGAAUUCAGAA